AUGAGAUCAGCAAGAUAUGCCCAUGAUGCAAUACAUGAUAGAUUAAGAUUAUAUCUGACUACAUCAAAUAUUUCAAUAAAUGGAGUAAAAUGUCUUAAAAGAGAUUAUCCACCAACUCAGAGUAUUCCAGAAACUAAUAAUAAUUCAAAUUCAAUAUUACCUUGCAUACCAUUAGAAUCAAAUAAUGAAGGAGAAUUUUAUGAUCCAAAAACUGGUCGUAAAAUUGUUUUAAAAGGAAUAAAUGUUGAUUCUCAACUGAAAUUACCUGUAAAUCCAAAUACAACAUCUUAUUGUGGGAAUUGUACAGAAUCAAAUAAUAUAUUCUUUGAUGGUGAUAAAGUAUCAUUUGUUGGAAGACCUUUUCCCAUAGAUGAAGCUAAACUGCAUUUUCAAAGAAUUAAAAGUUGGGGUUAUAAUACUAUAAGAUAUGUUUUAACUUGGGAAGCUAUAGAACAUGAAGGUCCUGGAAAAUAUGAUCAAGAUUUUGCAAAUUAUACUAUAGAAAUAUUAAAAAUUAUUGGAGAAAUUGGUGGAUUAUAUAUUUUUUUAGAUUUACAUCAAGAUGUUUGGUCAAGAUAUUCAGGUGGGAGUGGAGCUCCAAUGUGGACUUUUUAUUCAGUUGGUUUAAAUCCUAAAAAUUUUUCAAUGACUGAAGCUGCUAUAUUACAUAAUGAACCAAGAUUUCAUGAUUCAACAGAUAUUUAUCAUAAAAUGUUAUGGACUUCAAAUUAUAAAAGAUUAGCUUCAUUAGUUAUGUUUACUGCUUUUUUCGCAGGUAAAAAUUAUUUUCCAAAUUUUUUUAUAAAUGAUGAAAAUAUUCAAGAUUAUUUACAAAAUAAAUUUUUUGGUGCUGUUGAAUUUAUAUGGAUGGAAAUUUUGAAAGGAGUUCCAAAUUUAAUUGAAAAUGGAACUAUUAUGGGAUUUGAAUCUAUGAAUGAACCUAAUUGUGGGUUAAUAGGUUAUCCAAAUUUGAAUUAUAUACCUAAUGAACAACAAUUAAGAGUAGGUACAACUCCAACUGCUUUUCAAUCAAUGAAAUUAGGUAUGGGAUAUGCAUGUGAAGUUGAUGAAUAUAGGAUAUCUGUAACUGGACCAAGAAAAUAUGCUACUAAAAUCAUUGAUCCAAAGGGUAUCAAAGCAUGGUUAACUCCAGAAGAAGGAGAAAUAAUUGAUAAACAUUAUGGUUUUAAAAGAAAUGAAGCAUGGGAAUUAGGUAAAUGUAUAUUUGCAUUACAAGGUAUAUGGGAUUGGCCAGUAAAUGAUACCCCCUUAGAAGAUAUGACUCAAGCUCAAAGAUUAGAAAUAAGUUCAAAAUGUUUAAUGUUACAAUCAGAAUUUUUUAGUAAAUCAUUACCAAUUCAUAAAUAUCCAAACAAGAUUUCUAAAAUUGAUGUUCAUACAUUUGUAAAUUUUCAUUUUGUUAAUUUUUAUAUCAAAUUUAAAGAAACUAUAAGAAAACAUAAUUCAAAAGCAUGGGUAAUGUUAUCAGUACCUGUAUUAGAACAACCUCCAGAUUUAAAAAAUGAUGAAAGAAAUAUUAUAGAUUCUAAAACUAUUUAUUGUCCUCAUUAUUAUGAUGGAUUAUCCCUUAUGUUUAAAAGUUGGAAUAAUAAAUAUAAUGUUGAUACUUUAGGUAUAAUGAGAGGUUGUUAUAUAAAUCCUGUUUUAGGUAUUGUAUUUGGUGAAAGAGCUAUAAGGAAUUGUAUACGAAAACAAUUUAUUGAAAUGAGAAAUGAAUGUGAAAAAUAUUUAGGUCCUAUUCCUGUAUUAAUGUCAGAAACAGGAAUGCCAUUUGAUAUGGAUGAUAAAAGAUCAUAUAGAAAUGGGAAAUAUAUAUCUCAAACAGCUGCUUUAGAUGCUAUUAGUAAUGCUUUAGAAGGUGCAAAUAUGUCACAUACUUAUUGGUGUUAUAAUAGUUCAAAUAAUCAUAAAUGGGGUGAUCAUUGGAAUAAUGAAGAUUUUUCAUUUUGGUCAAUGGAUGAUAGAAAUCUUUCAUUUGCUGAUGAUGAAGAUACUUCACCAUUAAAUUCUUCAAAUCCUCCACCAAAAAGAAAAAAUUCAGUUGUUACAUUAAAAGCUAAAAGAAAAUUAUCAGCUGCUACAAAAAUGGGUUUUAGUUCUUCUAAAAAUAGUGUUAUUUCAACUAAUUCUGAAUCAUCUUUUGAUAAAGAUACAGAAUAUGAAUCUGAUGAUACUUCUUCUCAAUCUUCAAUUAUAUCAACUACUCCAUCAAAUGUUUAUCAUCGUCAAUAUAGAAAAUGUUAUCCAUCACCUGAUGGUGUAAGAGCUGCAAGUGCAGUUAUAAGACCAUAUAUGAUUGCUACAAAAGGUAAAAUAACAGCAUCUGAAUUUGAUAUUAAAUCAGUAAAAUUUUCAUUACAAAUAGCUAUUGAUUUUAAUGAUAUAGAUUCACCAACUAUAAUAUUUGUACCUAAAUGGCAUUAUCCAUUUUUAGAAUAUGGAGAUGUAUAUUUAACUUCUGGUUAUAUUAAAUAUAAUGAAGAAUUGGAAUAUAUAGAGUGGCAUCAUGGAAUUGAUCCUCAAAAAGUACCGGAAGAUGGUGAACCUGAAUUACAAAAAGGUGUAUCAAUUGAAACUAUUAUUAUAAAAAAUAAUUCUGGAUCAUUAGAAGAAGCUGCAUUAAUAGAGGAAAAGGGCGAAUCAAGUUGUCCUGUUACAUAA